CUUGGCUGCACUUGGUCCGUAGUUCGGCUACGGGGGCUUUUGUGUCCAGCGUUUGCUUUUUUUUUGCUUUGCUUUGUGUGCGUUUUUUCUUUUUCUUUUUUUUUUUUGCUCCGCGGUGUUGCUCCCGGCUGGGAGCCCGGAGGCUCGGAGGCGGCAGCGAGGCCCCCCCCGGGCGAGGAGCGAGCGCGCCGGCGUGAGCGGCGGGUGUGAGGGUUGCGGGGAAGGGGAUACGUCGCCGAGAUGCCGGAGUUUCUGGAAGACCCCUCAGUCCUGACGAAAGAGAAGUUAAAGAGUGAGUUGGUGGCCAACAAUGUGACGCUGCCGGCCGGGGAGCAACGCAAAGACGUGUACGUGCAGCUGUACCUGCAGCACCUCACGGCGCGCAACCGGCUGCCGCUCGCCGCCGGCGCCAACAGCAAGGGGCCCCCGGACUUCUCCAGCGACGAGGAGCGCGAGCCCACCCCGGUCCUCGGCUCCGGGGCCGCCGCCGCGGGCCGCAGCCGAGCCAGCGUCGGCAGGAAAGCCACAAAGAAAACUGAUAAACCCAGACAAGAAGAUAAAGAUGAUGUAGAUGUAACAGAGCUCACUAAUGAAGACCUUCUGGAUCAGCUUGUGAAAUAUGGAGUGAAUCCUGGUCCUAUUGUGGGAACAACCAGGAAGCUAUAUGAGAAAAAGCUGUUGAAACUGAGGGAACAAGGAACAGAAUCAAGAUCUUCUACUCCUUUGCCAACAAUUUCUUCUUCAGCAGAAAAUACAAGACAGAAUGGAAGUAAUGACUCUGACAGAUACAGUGACAAUGAGGAAGGAAAGAAGAAAGAACACAAGAAAGUGAAGUCCACUAGGGAUUUUGUUCCUUUUUCUGAACUUCCAACUACUCCCUCUGGUGGAUUUUUUCAGGGUAUUUCUUUUCCUGACAUCUCCCCCCGUCCUCCUUUGGGCAGGACUGAACUACAGGCAGCUAAGAGAGUACAUACAUCUAAGGGAGACUCACCUAGGGAACCUCUUAUUGCCACAACAUUGCCUGGCAGGGAACAGAUGCAGAAGUUAGCCUCUGGAGGGAAUCGGUUUAUUUCCUCCAAGUCUAGCCAUGAUAGGUGUUUAGAGAAAAGUUCUUCGACGUCUUCUCAGCAUGAACUCACUGCCCUGUUGGCCUCUGCUGCAGCUUCUCCUUCACUGAUUAAAGAAACCACCACUACUUGCUAUAAAGACGUAGUAGAAAAUAUUUACUCUGGAGAGAAAAGUGGAAUUCAACCAGUAUGUCCUGAGAGGUCCCAGGGUUCAGAUCAGUCGAUUCUCUCCAGUAAAAGGAAAACACUAGAAGAGUCUGAGAGAUCACAAGUAAUUUCUCCACCACUUGCUCAGGCAAUCAGAGAUUAUGUCAAUUCUCUGUUGGUCCAGGGUGGGGUAGGUAGUUUGCCUGGGACUUCUAACUCUACAUCCCCACUGGAUGUAGAAAACAUAUGGAAGAGAAUUGAUCAGUCUAAUUUUCAAGAAACUAAAUCCCCGUCUCCUCCACAAAAAUUCCCUAAAGUAGGUAAAAAGUCAGUGGAGGAAAAGGAUUCGGGUUCCUCUGUGGCAUUUCAAAAUACACGUGGAUCUGAAUUGAUGUCUUCUUUUGCCAAAACUGUUGUCUCUCACUCACUUGCUACCUUAGGCAUAGAAGGGUCUAAGCAAUCACAGCAUGGUAUAACAGAUGCCCCAGAACUAUCUUUUCCUAUCCAUGGAUCUAUUUUAGAAGUAAUUAAAGAGGAGUGGCAGCAAAUUGAUAGGCAGCUGCCUUCAUUGGCAUGCAAGUAUCCAGUUGCUUCCAAAGAGGCAACACAGAUAUUAUCAGUUCCAAAAGUAGAUGAUGAAAUCCUGGGGUUUAUUUCUGAAGCCACUCCACCAGCAGAUAUUCAGGCAGCUUCCACUGAUAAACAGUUGGACUUAGCACUUUGUAGAGCAUAUGAAGCUGCAGCAUCAGCAUUGCAGAUUGCAACCCAUACCGCCUUUGUAGCUCGGGCUAUGCAGGCAGACAUUAGUCAGGCUGCACAGAUUCUUAGCUCAGAUCCUAGUCAUGUGCACCAAGCCCUUGGGAUUCUGAGCAAAACACAUGAUGCAGCCUCAUUUGUUUGUGAUGCUGCCUUUGAUGAAGUAAAGAUGGCUGCCCAAACCAUGGGAUCUUCCACUUUAGGUCGCCGUUAUCUCUGGCUGAAGGGCUGCAAAAUUAAUCCAGCUUCUAAGAAUAAGCUGGCUGUGACUCCCUUUAAAGGUGGAACAUUAUUUGGAGGAGAAGUUUACAAAGUAGUUAAAAAGCGUGGAAACAAACACUAAUAAAAUUAAAGAUAAAGAUCUAUCUUUGACAUGGGGAACUUAGCAGAUUUUCUAGGCAUUUCAAGUACUUUUUUUCCCCCAAAUUUUAGGGUCUUUUUAGUCUCCAGAUGGGGCUUUUAUCCAUCAAGUUAUAGUUUAUAAGUAGUUGCUUACAUAGAACUACCCCUUUUUUUGAAGUUGCACAGAUAGAAAGCCUGAUACAAAUAAUUUAAAGCUUUCUAGAUCACAUUUUUAUCUCAAAUUGUUCACUCUUUCCUGUUUUACAUAAGAUUUUACAACUCUUGACAACUAAGAAAAUACCAUUUACUAGAUUAUAUGUAGAGUCUUCUGGUCUAAAUAUCUUUUCACUUUCUAGAACUUCUCUAUAUUUUUCUUUUAUGUUCUUGCUUUUGUUUUUUACUUAUGUCUUCAGUAUCAUUCAUAAUAUUCUAGAUCAUUGCAACUCAGUGUCAGUCUACAGACUGUUACUGAUCCACAGUUAAGAUAAGCGCACACCAGAAUUUUAAUCUAGAGACCCUUUCUAGAUCAAUGACAAGGUUUAGUUUUGUGGUAAAAUUUUAUCGGUAGAGAAAACUGCUAGUUUAUAUUCUGUUGUAAGUGCCUCAUUUCUUCAUGGACUGGUAGCAAACAGUUUGUGGACCAUUAUUUGAGAAAUACUGCUCCAGACCAUAAUAUUCAAGGAUAGUACAUUCUCACCAUCACUGUAGUUUGUCAGAUGACCUAGACACUGGAAAUAUGGGGCUUUUUUUUUUAAGUAACACUUUCAAGGUAUAUUGUCAUUCAUAGACUUAGUCAAAAUUCUAAAAGCAAAUUUAAGUUAGUUUUUUUAAAGUCAUAAGAAAUCAUACUAUAUCCCAGUGUCUGUGUGUCUAUAUAAAACAGUAUAUUAUCCUGUGUUUUCAUUUCUAUGAUUGUAAGAUGAGUCUAAUUGUAGAGGCAUUUGAUAAUCAAAUUUCUUUGUAUUUUUAUGGAAAUAGUAGUAGUAAAUAUAAGCAAAAUAUGCUCCCUUCAGUACUUUUAGCCAUAUUCUUAGACUAUACAUGUCCAUCUUUGCAGCUUUCUGGGAGUAAUUUUGUUUGUUAUUUGUCUUGUGAAAUGUACAUGUAUACAUGUACCUACUAAGUGCUAUGUGAUUUUAAAAUGUAUUACUGUAGAAUGCUUCUGCAAAUUCAAUAAAGUUGUUAAAUUUGAACAGUUUUGUGUGGUCUCCAGAAACAUGUUGUAUGUGUGUUUUAUUCUUGGAGUUGCAACAAGUUAGAUAUUUGUGGAUGAACAUCCCUUUAUCAUUUCAUCAUUGAAACUCACUUGACAUUUCAAUGGUAUAGUUGAAAAUACUGUAAAUAUUGUUCUUUAUUCUCUUGGAGCACCGUGUUUUUAUUGGCUAUUGGAAUUUUAAAAUAUUAGGAAGAAUUAAUCUAACCAGAUACCUUAUUUGUUUAAAUCAGUUUCUGCUCAAUUACUGUUGGGUUCGUAAGAUGCUUUCUAAUUCUUAGAAUCUGAGUUAACAAAGCUUAACAUUUUAUAAUGCUGAGGAUUGUCCCAAACAUAGAUAUAAUGAUAGAUUUAUUAAUAGGAGCACUGGGAGGUGGGGUUGACACCGUAAUCCUAAGUAAAGGUUGAACUAUUUGAAUAUCAUGGUAAAAAUUACUAUUUAUUUUGGGGAAGCUUACAAGUAGAUCCUGGACUGACCAGUAUUAAGAGUAGAUAGUUAUCAAGACACAUGACUAUCUUGACUACUUUUUAGUAUAACUGCAUUGAAUUCAUGCAAAACUAAGCUUUUAUUUAAGAAUUGACUCCAUUUCUGUCUCUGAUAAGUAGUCUAAAAGUUUUGAUAACAGGUUUUAGAAUAACAGCUGACACUAAUUUUGCUAUACAAUGAUAAAUGGCCACAAAAAUAUGGAAGUUAACUAAAAUUUAUAUCAGUCUUUUCAUAUAUCCAGCUCUUUAAAUGGUGAUAGAAUCAAGACUAGGGGAAUGGAAUUUUGAAGCCUAUAAAAAGAUAUAUAUAUUUGAGUUAGGUUAAUAACCAUCAUAGUGAUAUGCUAAGUAAUACAUAUGCACUGGCUUCUCUUCAAGGAGAUGUUAUCUUACUUGUACUGUGGGAGGGAGAAGAGAAGUAGCCUGUGAUUUGUUGUACUUCUCUGCCAACAAGAUUCCUCUUUACCUCAACUGUACCCAGGUUUUUUAGAAUCACAUCAAAAAAGAAGGGAGGAGAGACUUAAACUGACUUAUUAAUGUCAUUGCACUAACAUUGUUAUAAGCUUGGUACCAUAUAGGUUUUUCCCCAUAAAAUUCCCUAUAGCUUUUUCCUUUUCAUAUUCCAAAUUUUAAUUUAACAACUAAUUUGUACUGUAUGGACAAAAGAAUGGUAACAACUGUAUAUUUUAAUAUUCUCUCCCCACAUCUAAACGUUUUUUUAGUGAAAAGUCUCCAUGGGAACAGUUUGAAUUCACUUUUAUGUUUCAGGCUAUUCGUCUUAGAAAAAGGAAAGGAAAAUAAAUAGGAAGUAAUGAUGAGAUUAAAGAGUGGGGGAGAUAAAUAGAAAGGGAAUAAAAUAAUGGGAAAUAAAAAUUUUAAAGAUAAAUUGUGGUUAAACAGUUUUGGUCUAUUGAGGUAACACCAGUAGACAAAAUUGUUUUACAUAUUAACGUGCCUAAAACCAACAUUCCAAAAUAAUGUUAAGAUGAUUAUAGUUUAUUGUAUGUUUCAAAGAGUAAUGGUUUCUCCAAUGUUAU